AUGCUCGUGGCCUGCGUACCGUCGGUCAAAGAGGAUGAGUGGAGCGCGGACACGCUGGUCCUAGUGGUGGUGCACUGCUUCUCCGCACUGCUCAUGUUUUGCACGUUCCUGCUGGCGGAAGCUCACGCUCUUUCUCUGGCGCCAUUCAGAUGCCGGGUUCCUUCCAUUGCCGCUGGGUGCCUUGAGUACAAGCUCCGAUAUGGCACCUGGCUACUGGCAGCCGUGCCCUAUGUCGUUUUCGCGUUCAUCGCGGUGGUCGAUUUCUUCACCGAGCUACAUCCGUAUGUGAAGAUCACAUCCUUCGUGCUGGAGGUGGAUGCCGGCUUGGCAAUGCUUGCCAACCAUUUUGUUAUUUGGGCCUUUGCACCAGAAAGGACCUGGGGUUUGCGUGAUGUCGAGAUGUCGGUUCAGAACUGA